CCCUCCCAAAUUUACGAGAAGUUGAUUUCUGGUAUGUAUAUGGAAGAAACUGUCUGAAGAAUCUUGCUAGAGAUGGCUCGAGAAGCUGCCAUAUUUGGUGAUAAUAUACCUCCAAAACUUGAGAGACCAUAUCCGAAUACCCCGAAGGUAUGUUGUUCAGUCUUUUUUGUUUAUUUUCUAUUCCUUCUCCUUUUGGAUUGAUAUUUGUCCAGAAGCUCAUGAAAAGGACGUAGACACUUAUAGUUAUCAUUCACUAAUCCAGCAUGAAAAAAAUAUCCAGCAGAAUUGCUAAGGAAUCUGUAGUUGCGUUCCUAGUUCCUAGGCCCUAUUACAAACUUCAAGUUAGCUAUUGAAUAUUUGAAUUCUAUCAUAGAGGAAUGUCUUAACAUCUUGCAGGUUGAUAUUUCCUGUAGUGAUAUGGCUAAACUACCAAUUAACAGAAGCAAUUUUAUCUGUUGAAAUUUCAGAUUUUACACAGCUUACAGCAGAAACUUUGCUGCGUAAAGAAAUAAAAAAAAGAUUGUGCAAGUUGAUAGAUAUAAAUAAAGUUUUAAAUUUUUUGCAUGGCUUGGCAGCUCUUCAAAUUAAACCGAACCAUUUACCUUUCCGACAAUAGUCAGUUUUUUUUUGUUGCACUCAAGAACACUUGACAUGCCGAUGAUUAGGGAUGCAAGUGGGGCGGGCUUUUUUUUCGGCCCGCAGUCCCGCCCCACAAAAAAGCCCGCAAAUUUGUGGGCUGGCCAUCCUGCGUGGACCUUGCAAAAUUGUUUGGCCCAUCCCGCACAGCCCGUUGGGCGCCACGGCAUUAGGGCACAGACUGGGAGACGCCCUCCAGUCUCCUGAUCCAGCGAAAUAGCGAAUCCAGUGCAUUUCAUACUUCAGUUCUUGAUAGUUCUUGAUAGAUCCAUCCAAUCCAAAUCCUGCAGCUUGCGACGCUGCGCUGCCGCCUCCAGAUCUCUACACACUAAUUAAGGUACAAGAUCAAACUAACCUUUCAUGUGUUUCUUUUGUAUUUAUGUGAAUCAACGAAUUGCUUCUCCAAGAAUGGCAGCAGGUUGUCUCACUCACUCUAUUUGUUUUUGUAUAUGUUAAACUUUGAGUGUGAUUGGUGAUCUAGCCAUUGUUAUACUGGACAUCAGCGUCUGCAAAUGAUCUAUUGCAUCUUUUUUUUAAUCUAAUUAAUGUGGUGCAUGAUCAGCUACCACUGGUUUGACAUAACAAGAUUGAUAGGUGCUCAUUCAGAGAAGUUUCCUUCAGACUAAUUUCUUAAUUAUUAGCUUCAGAUUUUUUUUUUCUUGUUCUAUAGUAUAUAAAGUACAGUUACAUGUAGUAGUAAUAUUCACCCCAGAUGUUACACUGGAUAAUUAUUUUUUCAUGUUUUCCCUGCAUCUGCAUUAGUUAUUCAGAAUUUCAUCUUGGUGAAAUAAACAGAACACUUACACAACUGUUGGCCCAAUCAGACUAUCAGAGUACUGUUCUAAUAGAGGACCAAUCAGGCACAUGUGCUGAUAGUAGAGUGCUACGCAUUCUUUUUAUUAUUUGCCCUUCAUGAUAUAUAGUCUAUUUGUUUUGAUUUUUGAAGUGCUAUAUAGUUCACAAGUGCUCGCAAUUUUACUCUUUUCAUAAGUGCUCACAAUUUAACUAUGCUCACAAUUUUGCUCUUUUCAGCACAAAUUUUCUUCCAUGUCGACCCCAUCAUCGUUUGAAGCUACUGAAGAGGCAACCCUUUUAGGGGCAAAGCGGAAGUCUUCUUUAGAUCCUCCUUCAGCCAAGCGACCACGGUCACCUAUUUUGCCAUUAGUAAGGUCCCCAAGGGUGAGACACAUGAUGUCCCAAGUGAGCUCUCCAUCUGUUAGAUCUCCAAUGGCAAUUAUCAAUUCUUCAAGGCAAAGAACUCCAUCACCAGCCCCAACUUCUAAUGAUAUCGAUAUGACAAAUCAGACAAGAGCGACUCCUUGUGGGAGUCACGCCACAGGGAGAGCAAGAAAACUGAAAUCUACAAUGUGGAAAGAAUUUGAUCCAAUACGUACUAAUGAUAAACUAUCACAUGCUAAAUGUAUCCACUGCAAUAAGGUUUUCGUGGCUAGCCGAUCUUCUGGGACUAGUUAGUGCCUUAGACAUUUGAAAGUUUGUAAGGUCAGGCUUAGAAUGCACCAUUUGAUUGAGCAUAUGCAUGCCAACUUGUCCCCUACCGCUGAUGUUAUGAAGAAUUGGAAAUUUGACCAAGAAGUGUUACGGAAAGAACUUCUUAGGAUGAUUGUGUUCCAAGAGUUACCCUUUAGCAUUGUUGAGCAUGUUGGAUUUAGGAGAUUUGUUGCAAGUUUAAAUCCAUAUUUUAAGGUGAUAUCAAGAACCACACUGAGAAAUGAUUGUAUGGCUGCUUAUGAGGAUCGUAAGUUAGCUUUAUUUGAUGUCUUGAAGAGCUCAAAUUCUCGAGUAUCUCUUACUGCCGACAUGUGGACUUCCAUCCAGAACUUAGGCUAUUUGUGUGUUACCUGUCAUUACAUUGAUAAUGAAUGGAAGUUGCAAAAGAGAAUUAUAAAGUUUGCUCUAGUGCCGACCCCACAUGAUGGCAUCACUAUGUUUAGUGAAAUGCUAAAGGCCAUUCAGGAGUGGCAUAUCGAAAAUAAGUUAUUCAGUGUUACCUUAGACAAUGCAAGUGUGAAUGAUACAAUGAUGACUCAUCUGAAAACCAAUCUUGUUGGUAAGACAAUGUUGCCUUGUGAUGGAGUGUUGUUGCAUUUCCGCUGUGCUGCCCAUAUAUUCAAUCUAAUUGUCCAAGAUGGGCUAAAAACCAUGAGCAACGCCAUUAACAGUAUAAGAGAAAGUGUUAAAUAUGUUCGGAGUUCGCAAUCACGUGGUCAAAGGUUUGAAGAGAUGAUUGCUCAAGUGGGAAUAAAAACUAACAGACGACCAUCGCUUGAUGUAUCAACGAGAUGGAAUUCGACAUACUUAAUGCUCGAGUCAUCUUUAUUGGUCAGAAUGGCCUUUGAAGCCUUGGAUCGGCAUGACAUAAAUUAUUUGCAUCAACCCUUCGAUUAUCAAUGGACAAUGGCUGAGAAGCUUUGUGCUUUGUUGAAAGUUUUCUAUGAAGCUACUGUUGCAGUAUCUGGUACGUUGUACCCAACUUCAACAUGCUAUUUUCAUGAACUUUGGAAGAUAAAGAUGGUUUUGGACAAGGAGGCUACAAAUGAAGAUGUCACCAUUGCAUCUAUUGUCAAGGAAAUGAAAGAAAAAUUUAAGAAGUACUGGGACGCUCAAUACUUGCAAAUAUGUUUCCCAGUUAUUUUUGAUCCAAGGUAUAAGUACAAAUUCAUUGAGUUUCGUUUGAAGUCUGCAUUUGGAGCUGCUGCAACUCAUUACCUUAAGGAAAUCAAGAGUAAUAUGCAGAAAUUGUUUGAUGAAUAUUCUGCCAAGUAUGGGGGCUCAAACAACAUCAAUUCUCAGCCCGAAACAAGUGUUGAGCAGAAUGUUGAUGCAAGUAAUCAAUUCGUUGAUUGGAGACAGUUUCUACAUGACAAAAGCAGGAGCAAAGUAAAGAGUGAGCUUAGUCGAUAUCUUGCUGAUGUGCCUCAGGAAGGUGAUUUCCAAGAUGGGCAUGAUUUUGAUAUCUUGAACUGGUGGAUGGUAAACAAAACAAAGUACCCUGUGAUUUCACGAAUGGCACAUGAUGUUUUGGCUAUUCCAGCAACAUCAGUGGCAUCAGAGGCAGCAUUUUCAACUGGAGAAAGGAUCAUUAGUGACUAUAGAAGUAGACUUUCGAGCAGUACUGUAGAGGCAUUGAUUUGCCUUCAAGAUUGGAUGAGGGCAGAAGGUUUGGGUGAUUUCUUUGCACGUGAUCUUGCUGAGAGUGAUGACCAAAAUGUGCAACAUUCAGGUGAAAAUGCCUAUACACCUCUAGUAACAUGUAGUACCAGCACAACAACCAGCAGCAGGUAAUAUAGAAAAAGACCGGAAGAGCUCAUGGAGUUGGAAGCAGUUGUUUGUCACUUUGUCAAUUGGGACAGUUGGUUUAUCAUGAAGAGAAAAUGCAUCAUCAUCACUCUUUGGUCCGAUGCUUCGGGCGAAACCAAUUCCCAGGGUGUGACCAAUUCCCAGGGUGUGACGGGCAGUGUGUACAGGGCCCGGGUACAGCGUUAGCACGCACAUCCGUUUUCUUGCUGGCCGAGUUAAUAAAAAAGAAAUCUCUCAUAAUUAGGGAUGAAGCACCAAUGUAACUUUAGUCAUGAUGUUGAAGGAAAAGAAUGGUGUUCUUAUUCAGUACUAUACUUGUUAUGUCAUUGAAAAAGAAUACUUUCACAUGAAAAUAAUACAGUUUUCAUGUGCUAAAUUUGGGAUAUGGAGUAGUUAUGUGCUUGUGUGAUUGAUGAACCUAAUUAAACAGA